CAUCCAGCGAUUCCCACAACCCCACGCGCUAGCGUGCACAUACAUAACGCGAGCAGCCCACGAACCCCGUUGGAGAGAAUCAACCACGACCGCAUCGAGAAGCAUCGUCAAGGCACCGAACCGCCCCGAACAGGAAUCGCGUCCGAAGCUCGCCGACCCAUUUGCUUCCCGGUGACUCGGCGGAGGAAGGAGCAGGACCAGAGCUAGGCGGGAGGGGCGCGCAGAGAUGGCGGAGAAUCCGCAGCUGUACGGGAACGGGAUGCCGGUGCCCUUCCACGGCGAGAUGUUCGUCCUCGCCCGCGACGGCGUCGAGUUCCACGUCGACAAGAUCCCCUCAGCUCCUGGUGGCCAUGCGAAAACAAAGGGCACAAUCUACCUGUCGAACAUAAGGAUGGUGUUUGUCGCGAGCAAGCCUGUUGGCAACUUCUUUGCUUUUGAUAUGCCCCUGUUGUACGUGCAUGGUGAGAAAUUUAAUCAGCCGAUAUUUCAAUGCAACAAUGUUUCUGGGUUCGUUGAGCCGGUUGUUCCAGACAGCCAAAACAGGGCUUUGUACUCGACCCACACCUUCAAGAUCUUGUUCAAGGAAGGAGGCUGUGGUACUUUUGUUCCCCUCUUCCUCAACCUCAUCACAUCAGUGCGGCGCUACAACCAGUUCGAAGCCCAGUCUGCCGCUGCGCCACGCAUGGACCCUCUGCAAGCUGCACAGACUCCGGUUGAUGAGAUGAUGCGUCAUGCGUACGUUGAUCCAAAUGAUCCUACCAAGAUAUUUCUUCAGCAGCCUGCACCAGAAUCCCAGCUGAGGAGGAGAAACUACAAUGCCCCUGCUGAUAACGCGUACUGAUGUCUUGCCCUGAUCUCCAGGUGGAUGUGUUCUCAUGAUCUAUGUGGUGCGCAUGAGAAUGUGCAUUUCCUGCCUUGUUAGUGCUUAUUGUCACUGAAGAAUGCGAUGAAGUAUUUGUAUGAUCUUGGAUAAUUGCAUAUUUCACUGUCAGAUUCAGUUUAAUCAAUAAUAAUGUACAUACAUAUGUUGUGAUCUGCUCGACAAUUGCUAACGAUGGUUGCUUCCACC